AUGUUGAAAAAUUCGAGUAGCUUUGAAGAAAAAAAACGUUCACAUAUAAAUUAUUUAAGAAACUAUUAUUCAGAAGAUUUAUUAGAAAGUAUUAAAUUAGCCGAAACUGCAAUCAAGCCAGAAGAUUGGAAAAACAAAAAAUUAAGAUCAGUUAAAUUUGCACCACCAUAUUUAGAUGAUUUUGCAGAAUAUCAUCAAUUUUGGGAUAAAGCACAAAUCAAAGAUGCAUAUAAAAUAGACCCAACUUCACCAUUACAACCAGCCAAAGUCCCAAUCCCAUUAGGCUACAAACCACCAACAGAUGAUAGUAAUAAAAGAUUCAGUGAGAUUGCUAAAGGUCUAAGUGUGUUGACUGGGUUAUCAAAAGAAUAUAUUGAAGAUUUACAUGCACGUCCAUUAAUCAUGAAGAGAGUUUCAAAUCAAACUGCAAAGGGUAAAAUUAGAUCAAAUUUUGCUAUUGUCAUGGUUGGUGAUAAGAAUGGUAUGGUGGGUGUUGGUCAAGGUAAAGAUAGAACAGAUAUGUUUAGAGCUGUUCGUAAAGCUCAUUGGAAUGCUGUUAAAAAUUUGACUUAUAUUCCAAGAUAUGAAGAUCGUACUAUCAUUGGUGAUAUUGAUUAUACUUAUCAUGGUUGUAGAAUGCAUUUAAGAUCUGCUCCUCCAGGUUUUGGUUUAAGAGUUAAUCAUUAUUUAUUUGAAAUUUGUGAAUUGAUUGGUAUUAAAGAUUUAAGUGCAAAGAUUUAUAAAUCAAGAAAUGGUAUGAAGAUUGCUAAAGGUAUUGUUGAAGCUUUGAGUAAACAAAGAACUUUGGAUGAAUUAUCAAUGAAUCGUGGUAAGAAGAUUGUUGAUUUACGUAAAACAUAUUAUUCUGCUUAGUUGGAAUUCAUAAUUAUGAGGGGA